AUGACACAGUCAGUUUUUGUUCAAGGUACACUCCACGCCUUUAAGUAACUUCAUUAUUUUGUUUCAGUUGGUCAAUGCGGCAAUCAGAUUGGUUAUCGGUUUUGGGAUCUUGCACUCCGAGAGUACGCGGCGAUGAACAAGGUGAGAUCUCGAUUUCCUCUGUCAUUUCUUUCAGACCCGGGAGACAAUGCAGUCGUUCUUCUCCCUUGAUAGUAAAAAGAAGCUGUCCGCAAGGGUGCGCCACUUCUACUGACAUCUACUUCCCUUAUAGGCCGUGCUCGUAGACAUGGAAGAGGGUGUGGUUCAGGAGCUGCUACGUGGCCAACUAGGCAGCCUCUUCGAAUCUGCACACCUUAUUACAGAUGUGUCUGGUUCGGGAAAUAACUGGUUACCUGAUUACUUCUACUUUAUCCCCUCUUCCAGGGCCGUCGGGCAUUGCUUAUACGGAGACAAGCAUUCCGAGAAGAUUCUGGAUGCACUCAGAAGAUCUGUGGAAGCUUGCAGUAGUCUUCAGUGCUUCUUCAUCCUGCACUCGAUGGGCGGUGGAACGGGCUCGGGCAUAGGAAGCUUUAUAUCUCAGCUCCUGGCUGAUGAGUACCCGAACGUAUUCAGGCAAGUUUCUUGCGGUCUGUUUCAGUCGUUACUAAAUAGCAUGAAAGCCAUAUAUCAUUUUUUUCGCUUACCCCUCCUCCACUCCCAAUCGAAGAAUUGAAGUCUCAGAUCGGCAAAAUCGAGAGAUCCGGUGAAUGAUUUGACAAAAAAGAAGAGCUCACCGGGACACAUUUAUUGAACUGCUUUGAAAAGCGUAGUCGGCCCACUAUUGUCAAAGCGUUAAGUGCACUUAACUAAACAGAAAUAGAAGUGGCAUGUCGUGCUAUUCGGUCUUGGGCGGAUCGAUUUUUUUUCUUUAUUUGCUGUCUUUGGCUCUUGGUGGACGUUUGGCGGACUUGAGAGUCGCGUGCUUUAUGACUCAUCGCCUCGAUGGAGAAUGACUGAGCUUCCGUAUGUGUUGUUCGGUCUACUGGCUCUUUUUCUCGCCCAGUCGCAUGAUUUCCUCACCAGGCCGUGUCUACGCUGUCUUCCUAAGUCCCAUGUGUCCAUCUUGUCCUUGUCCUUGUGUACGUAAUGACGCAGGACGCAGGUGCGGGUAGGUCAAGAUGCCUGUAGACGGAGUUGGCAUUUGAACACGACACCUCUAAGUUUAAUCGUUCUGUCCUGGAGUUGUCCCAAACUAAGAGGAUCGCUUUCUGAAAAUCAAAAGUAUGGCCAGUCUCCCCAGUUUGUGUUGUAAGCCGAAAGUCUGGGUUUAGCCUCCUAGUGACCAACUGGUGCUCGUGUAGGCGGGUCUACAAUUUUCUCCCAGUUUACCCAACGUGUCAUGUUAACAUAAGCCCCAGGCUAAAUUCCACCUUACCUACUACUUUUCUAUUACUCUUUUCAGUCCCAGUACGUCAAUUGUAAGAUGAAUAAAGCCCUGUUAUAGGGUAUUCUCGUUCUGACUCUUACAGCCAUAUUCGUUCGUCCUCUCCAUCUCGUGUGCAUGCUACGGUCCUAACUACUACACAACGUAGCUGCAGUCCCCGUCAUUGCAACUUUUUCAUAUACAACUGUCACGGUUACAGUAAUUUUCAGCACCUCUUUAGCUUGCGUUAUACAGUGACCAACCACUGCCUGUGGUCGAUAGGCUAUGUCUACUCAGAUUUCGAGUUGUUGCUCCCUCGGCUGUCGUCUGUUCGCUUGGCGCCCGCUUUGAAUAUCCACUGGCUCUGAAGAGGUUAUAAAAGUGUUGCUGGACCCUUUUGUUUGUUUGUUGGCGUUCCUCAGUGCUUGAACUUGUUGGAAUAGAAUGCGUACACAGCCGCUUUUAUGUAAUGCAGGGUGAUUGCUGUUUAAGUGUACUAUUUGCCUUCUGUUGGUGACUUUUCUUAUUACUGCCCUUCGCAGUUUCUCGGUUGCACAUUGGCGCAUAGGCAGGCCGACGAAGGGGAGUUAGUCAUUUGUUUCGACGACAUCCAUGGUGAAUCGGAUAUUCGGGGAGGAUAAGUUUCCCAAUUCUUUGAUGUGAUCAAUUUGAAUUGUUUUGACAACGACGAAAGUUUCAAUGGUAAAAAGGGGGGGGGGGGCACACAGAUCGCGUUACGGAACCCACUCGUUCCGUUGUGCCUUGGGGCUCUCCCUCGAGCCCCCGCCAGCAGUCAAACAGCGGAGUGUAAUAUAGGCAGAAUAAAAUUACCGACAAAGACAAGUGUUUUUCUAUUCUGCCUUUAUUACGCUCCGCUGUGCGGUUGCCGGCGGGGCUCGAGGGAGAGCCCCAUGGCACAAUGGGGAGAGCGAGUUCCGUAACCCAAUAGUUAAAGCGUUGGACUUCUAACGAACAGGUCCCACGUCCGAGCCUCGGGGUUGGGUUGAUUACGGCUAACAAGCCAGAAAUGGCCAUUGCUGUCUCCCCUGUCUUUGUCGGUAAUACUAUUCUGACGAAGGUCUCGCCACCUUUGCUUCUGUUCGAUUUUGUGCAUUUAGCGCUUUGACAAUGGUGAACCGACCAAGCUCUUCCAAAAAUCAGCAGUCCAAUAAAUCCGUUCCAGUGAGCUCUUCCUCCCUCUCAAACAUGAAGUCUGUCUGCCUUACGUCAGCUAGCGUUCUUGAUAGUUACCAUCUUCAAGACUAGAGAUGAUUGGCGCGUGUAAACAGGUUGUAUUGUGAAGGCUUACGCGGCAUCGUUCACACUCUCCCAUCUUCUUUUCUAUCUUUUCUCACUGGCAGCACAAAGUUGGGAAAACUGAAGAUGCGAUUGGGUGUUUCCUCUGAGCACACUGCGACAUAAUGGUUUCAGAUCUAUGAGUUUGGCAGGCAGUAAAGGUCUAGCAGCUGUUUCUGUCUGAAACUUUACGCCAAUCGAGUUCCAUAGAAAAGACUGCUCCUUCCUGAAUGUCUCUUAUGCUCAGUAACCUAUGCGAUCGCAUUGCCUGGGGCCAGUGGAGUACUGGAGAGAAUUUCCUAGCGAAUACCCUGAAACGCAAAUUUAUCCACGCAAAGUAACUUGAUGGAAUUCAACAAUGGGCGCUGCUCUCUGCCUUGGCUUCCCGUACUGGUCACUUCAAUUUUUAAGAGUAUUGAGGACGGACGUCCUUCUUCGCUGUCUCUCCUACAUUACCAGCCCUCCCAAGCAUGCCUAGACUACGUAAAUAUAAUCGUCGAUGAUCUACUAGCUUCCCUUUCGUGUGACAACUUCGUUUAUUCUGUCGGCGUACGUCUGUAACGCCAUUAGUCCGAGGUAUUUAUUGUCCGUUUUAUUGCCUUAUCGUGUUCGAUACGCUUUUUAGCGUUAUAACCAAGAGACAACACGUCGCGGAAUGCAAAAGUGGUUGUAGGGAAUAUUCGGCAUUGGUUCUUGACAUCUUUGCUAAUCAAGAUUACUACAUUGUCCUCUUCCUAUUCCUUCGACCUCCUACUUCAAUCUGCUUCUUCGUCCUACGAGGGCUGAUUAUAUUUAAUUUGCCAAAUUUGCCGACUGCGCUCAUAAAGACCAAAUGGUAUGUGUUUGCUUUUGUUUCUAGACUUGUUACUGCCGUCUUCCCCUCCUUGGAUGACGACGUAAUCACCUCCCCCUACAACACUGUUCUCGCGUUGAAUCAUUUGACCGAGUUUGCCGACUGUGUCGUUUCUGUCGAUAAUCGAGCACUGAGUUCAAUUGUUCGCAGGGCCCAAGCCGAACCAGUUCCCAGACAUGUAAAAACUGCCGCUAUGGGCAGUGUGAUCACCAAUGAAGGCUCUCUGGCGUCCAUAGAGCGAGCCAAACCGUUCGAUGAGAUGAACAACAUAGUUGCCAAUAUGUUACUCAAUCUCACAAGGUUAGCGUCCCUAUCUUCUUUUUAAUCUUUAAUGUCUCACGUCUGCAUAUUCCACAUCCAGACUAAAGUUCGACCAUUCUUCAGGCACACAGUUCUGUCUGCUUGUUAGCCUAACUGUCAAGAGUACCGUGAAGUAAUUUCGUUUUUUAACGGCAGAGAAAGUGAUUGUCGAAAAACGUUUUAUUUUUAGUCAGUUACAGUGCGUGACCGAUCUCAUGAAAUGUCGGCCAAAAUUCUGGAAUGCGUUUCCAAUUAGGAAGGAUUACUUAAGUAGGGUUGUUAUACUGAUUAUCAUUCAGCAUAACCCUAUAACAUUUCGGACUCGCCAGGACGUCGGCUUUUAAAUUGACUUCUUUUUGACCUCCUGCAGAAACCACCCUCGGUAUAAAAUGACUACUUAAGUAACAUGUAUUUUUCCUAUUGAUUUUCGAUGGUCUUAUAAAUUCAAAUGUAUUUUACAGAAAACAUGCACAAAAAUAUGCUUUCUUUUGCUCAUUUGGUAGGAAAUCACAUGUUCCGCAUAAUUUAUGUCCGAAGAAAGUGUAUAUUUAGGUUUUAAUGAAGGUUCUAAUUAUGAGAUUUUUAAGAACGCGCGAUGUCCAUGCAUGCAAGACCACACAUGUCCGUUUACUAGUGCUUCUUAUGAAAUGUACAACACAGUCCGGAUCCAUUGCAGAAUUUCAUGAACUCUAUGUGAUAUCUUCUUAAAGACAUAGAGGAAUAUAUUAUUUUCCUUACGCAGAAAGCAUGCACCUUGUAGACUGAAAUUGCGAAACGCUGAUGCAAUGGCAGAUAAGGCUGAAAAGUAUUCGGGAAUUGAGAAACUUUUCAAAGUCUAAAUACACACUUUCUUAGGACAUAAAAUAUAAAGACGUCCUGGCGAGUCCGAAAUGUUAUAGGGUUAUGCUGAAUGAUAAUCAGUAUAACAACCUUACUUAAGUACUCCUUCCUAAUUGGAAACGCAUUCCAGAAUUUUGGCCGACAUUUCAUGAGAUCGGUCAUGCACCGUAUAUGAUCGCCAUCACUACCAGUCACCGCUGCUCAUCUUGAAACCAGGUUUUUAAUACCUUUAUGAAAAACUGUUUCGAUGCAGAGGAUUCUUGGAGUCCAGACUCGGCCUGAUUGGUACUUCGAAAUGUUUUUGCGGCCAGGAGGUGCUGCAAAGAUCUGAGAAAAUGCUAGGCAGUUGGUGCACAAUUAGCUGAAUAAGAUGCAUGGGGCAAAAUUGCCACCCCGCAUCUCGUAUCUUGUUCUGCGACUGUCGGGCGGAAUGCGGUCUCUCGUUGUCAUGCAGCGGAAUGACACCUUUUCUGAUUGAAGCGAAUAGGCGAGUUCUAGGAAGCUGUUUAGACGAAGAUACGAUCGCUGGGACUAGAAGUUAAUUGGUCUGACGUUUCGGAUUCCCACCCGAACCCAUCAUCAGAAGCAGUCUCAGCGCUGGGUGCUUAACGCCAAGAGUUUGGUUAAAACGUCCUAAUUGCUGUUACGGUUCGGCCUCGAUCCAGUAGCUAAAAGUAAAGUAUGCUUAGCAUACUCCACCAAACACAACAAGACUUUCUUGGAAUAUGAGUCUGGUUUCCAGUUAGCAUCUGGUGUCUAACCUGUGGAAAGACAUUGGUGUUUGCACUCGUUGUUAACGUAAUGAAUCCACUUCUUAUCUCUAGCGACAAUUGGGUGAUGAAAUGGUUCCCUCUCCUACCUGCUUAACACAAAGUUACAGAUCGUGGAGCGCUGAGCUUUGUUUUCCAUCGAAAGUUUGCUCGGAACCCAACCACCUUGUGUGUUGGCCUUUUUCUAUCUGUUGAAGGUCCUCCUAAGCAGUAGACCACGACGAAUUUAAUUUGUUGGCAAUUCCUCGAUGGUUUGACGAGGAUCUGCCCCAGUGCUUGCGCGCCACCGAUCUUUCCGAACGAUGAGCAUUGGAGAGGUCGAAAUCACCUGACCGGAAUCUUGGGAACCAACGCCAGCACUUGCGGCAUCUAAAUCAUUCGGACUAAUAGCGCAGAUUGUUUUUGUACCUGUCGUUGCGUUGUUUCCCUUACAAAGUUCAUACAGCAUACAACGACGGACAUGACUGCUUCCGUAUUUCAUGUCUCCCCUUCAGUUAGGCCCAAUCUCAAAAACAAAAUUUAUGUCAAAAUCUAAACAACAAGACCGAGCUGAUGUAAAACGAUGCAGAGUUCAAAUGGAGCACUCAAAUCAGGACUACGAGGAGGACAUUACUGCUGUCGCCGCCGCCACGGCUGCUGCUGUUGUUAGCCAUCGAACACGCCUUAUGACUCUCCGCAUACCGAUAUAUCGGUUUUCCACAAUCGAUAUUUUCUCUGGUCGGUUGUUCCGAUAUAGAUUGUCUUCGCUUUCUCAAAACAUGAACCGUAAUGACUUAAUGUCGGGUUUAUGGCUAGCCGUACAUCUUGGCCUUUACGGGCAUUGUAUGUGGCAUGUAAAGUCAACAUAAGGGGCACAUAUGCGGCCGGAAUGGAGAAAGUGUGCCGAGUUGGAUGAUGGCCACCACCACCACCACCACCACCACCACCACCACCACCACCACCACCACCGCCGCCGCCGCCGCCGCCGCCACCACCACCACCACACAUGUUGACAUUUGGAUCACGUUUACCCGCACAACUUACUGCAGCGCCUGGAAUCCACUAAAUCUGACAGUAAGCUGACUGCCCAAACAGGAUUUCCUAAUUAAUACAUAUAGAAUCCACCUGGCUCACGCGUCGUUCGGUAGGGCCUCGUAGUUCAGAUGGUUAGAGCGUUAGCUGUACCAAAGCCUCCCCUUGCUGUCGGGGGUUCUAAUCUCACCGAGUUUUUCACAGCUGGGUCAAAGCGAAUCUGUAAUUAGUCAUCUUCUACGUUCGCAUCACGUCAUGAUGCCCGCAGUUCGGAAGAUCCAGGCUUUUGGUUCAGGUAGCAACUGCGCGUCCGGCUGUAUACGUCAAAUUCUCAUGAUUCGUUGUUGUUUUAAAACUUCCUAUUGUAGUCUCUAGUAUUCCUCCCUUUACUUUCACUCUAGUUCUGCCCGCUUUCCGGGAACAAUGAACGUUGAUUUGAAUGAGAUCAGCAUGAACCUGGUGCCGUUCCCGAGGCUACAUUACCUCAUCGCCGCCCAAAGUCCACUCUGCUCCAGCCUUGCGCCUUUAGCACCUAGAAAGUAAGGGCAGUACUUGGUAGCUCCCACAUUUUUAAAUUCGUGUCAGAAUUUACCGAUCCUAUCUGUCGUGAUCUUCCUGCCUGAAUUCCUGCGUUUUUCGCCCCUCCCCCCCCCACUCUGUUUGAGUUUUGUGGCUCCAGUUUAAGGCUCGCAUGACUCUGUCGCUCGGCCUUUUUUACUCUGGCCCCUUUUUUAUCGACUUUUGAUCAACUUUCGUCGUUCGUGACUGACGAAUACCCUUCAUGUGCUUGGCUCUAUGCGUCUCGUAGGCGAUCCACGGCAAAACAGAUGCCUAUUUGGACUUGUGACGACAUCCCUCAGGAUUUAUUCAGCCGGACUCAAUAUUGCAAACCCACCCCGGCACGAAUGACAGUUCGCCACCGCAGCAUGUUGGAGGCGACUCCAGAGCGAAGUUCAAUCAAUCAGUGUAUUGGAGUAAAUGAGAGAAGCUGUUCAUAACCCCAUUUAAACGAUACAGGUUUGCAGUAAAAACAAUUAAGUCGUAAACAUCUUACAGGUAAUUUUAGUGUGCGACUCCCAUUAGACUAAUAGUGGAAAAGGGGUAUUAAAAAGGUGGAUAAUUUGCAGAAUAACAGCGAACGACACGCGGGAUCUGCACGCCGUUUGUUCGAAGGAGUGUCAAAUGUUGAGUGAGCAAAACACGUUACUGAAACUAAGUUAGUAGUGUGUUGAUAGCCAUAUCUGUCACACCAGGUGGGAUUUGGCGAGCUGAGUGACCUUCAACAGGUAAGUAUCCUGACCCAGCUGAAGCAGUUCACACAUCAUCUCCGCGGUGCGCGGGGCCACGGGUUCAGAGGGCCACCCGAGGUCAGUUAUUACCACUUCCACUCAUCUCUUCAUUCGGCUACCUCAGCUUCGUUGACAGCUGGUGUCGGGUUUCGUCGGGAUGACGUUCUGAAUGAGUCUGCCCCAAGGCCGGUACAGCGCUUAGCCGGAGCAUCCUACUCGGCGAGGAAAACGGACGAAUUUGAGACCUUGGGUUCCUGAACGAAGACAUGACCGUUCGUUGAGAGCGAGGUCAGAGAAAUGAAUUCAAAUAAUGAAACCCAUGCACCAUCGAUCGAGCAAUUCCAGGCAGUGCAAAGUCGUGCCUUACAUCCGUAAGGAAGAGUGGUCUUAGACGGAGCUAUUGCCCAUUCCAUAGGUUUCGCUGAUGUCCGAGGGAGGAUGUCAGUACCACCAGACCAACAUAAUUAGGAUUUAUAAUGCACCAAUCGAGACCCACUGUAGCACCAGAGGUGAUUUCCCCGGGGUGCCAUCACCAGUUGACCUUGGCUCUCACCCCCCGGCGUGGCCAAUUCGUAAAUUUCUAUAAAAGCAUAUUUAAUGUGCUUGCAUGUCAUUGAAGAGAUCAGGCAACCACUUGCAGUAGGUGACUUAACUCAGAAAACACUUACUGAAAUCCUAGAAUACGUCUCCAAUCGGAAGGAGUUACGUAGGUGCCAGAGCUUCGUGUAUAGGUCUAGAGCUUUGGCAUAUACCGCGGUUGACCUAUCUCAUGAAAUGUCAAGCGAAAUUCCGGAAUGCCUUUUCGAUUAGAAACAAAUACUUAGAUGGGUUUGCACUGUUGAUUUUUGUGCGCCAUAAUCCCCAGAUAUUUCAGUCAUAUCAGGGUGCCGACUUUUGAAUGCGCGUCCUUCCGGGCCACGUACGAAAUUCAUAUUCGCCAAAAGAUGGCUGCUUAAGUAGUAUGCAUUAUUUCUAUUUAUCUUUGUAAAUCGAAGCAUAUUUUAUAGGAAGCACACACGGGCUAUUCUUUGUUGCAUUCAAAUAGACUUCUGGAAGAAUGGGUAUUCUCUGCUUGAGAGUUUCGUAAUUAUCGGAUUUCCAUAAGACCGUCGAAUGUCUUUUCGAAUAACGUCGUACCGCUCCGUUUAUUAGUGCUUCUUGUGAAGUCUAAAACGCGUCUGUGUCAAUCGCACAAUGUUAUGAGCUAUGUGUGGUACCCUCUAAAUAAUAUAGACAAAUGUAUAAUAUUCCUCAGAGAGUUUGCAGCUUGUGAUUUGAGAGUCGAAAAACGUUUUUGAAACGGGAAGGUACCCUUUCUUUGAGAAGGACUUUGAAGAAGACGUAAUCUGCUGUAAACCGACUGUAAGAAGGGCGUUGUUGUGUAUGCGUUCUGUAAAGUAGGCUUGUAGUUAUGAAGGCAUAGAAGGUGAAUAGAAUGAAUCCAUACUACUUGGGCAAAAGUUUCUUAUCGAAAGUGGUUUUGUUAAGUGGCCGAGGGAGCGCGCGUCCAAAAACCGGCAUCUUAAAGUGAUUAAAAUUAUGUUGGCAUUAUGUUGUGCGAUGCAUUAUUUCGGUAAUCCCUUGGUCAGAUGUGGUUUCGUAGCCCCACUUGAAGUAAACAAACCCCAGCGACCUGUAAUACGGAACCGGUGGUCAUAGGGGUUUUUACAGAUGGGUUGGGGGAACGCACAGGCGACGAAGUCAGGCUGUUAUAUGCAAAGGAAAAGCUAUUGGGAUUGCGCGGUUGUACUUUGAGUGGUUGAGGGAUAGUUACCCUAACCCCUAGCCCCAACUUCAACAGUAUUGUGUCCAUCAAUUGGUUCUACAUAACCACAUCUUGCCAAUUCGUUUCAGCCGGGAUUAUAUUGCAGAAUUUCACUUAACGUCUCACCAGUUACUUCACAUUCCGUAACUGGCUUUUGCCCCACAUGUUUUCUAAACAGCCCGUUCCACCCCAGCACCGAUGCAAUCCUUACACUUCGUGUCCUCACCGUUAGGACACUUGUUCCUCCCUGGUACAUUUUCCCCUAGGACACUGCUUACGCACUUCUUACUCGCUAUGUCUCACGUAGUCGCACCUCCUGUUUCAGCAUUGAUCAGAUUUUCAAGGACGCGUUCUCACGGGAUUAUCAGCUGUUGUCCAACCAACCUACGGAGCAUACCUUCCUGGCAGCCUCACUGCUCUUGAGAGGCAGUGUCUUUGCGUCGGAUAUUCGUAGAAACAUUGAAAGGUGAGAGUUAGCUGUGCAUUCUAUCGCUGUUUUGCCAGCGAGUGAUUAAAAAAGGCGAUAUGCGGACGGGUUUCAGAGUGUUGAAUGGUGAUUGGUCGAACAUUUUUUGCGAGCCGCGACAGCUUCUAGGACCAUUCUUGAGUUUAAAUUGUGGGAAAUUAUGUUUGAGCGACACUUCCAAUCACUCAGCGACCCGGAAGACGUCAGUAAUAAAGUCGGUCGAGUGAGAAAUAAGUGGCCAAAUAAGAAGUUAUUGUGCAGUUACUCGCUUUGAAAGUUUCACGCGGCUCACCCAAAACUUGGUUAGUUAUUUAGUAUAGUUAGCUAGCUAGUCAGUUAGCUAGUAUAGUAAGUAAGUUAGUUAAUUAGUAUAAUUAGUUAGUGGAUUGGCAGAGUUAGCUAGUUAGUUAGUGGAUUAGAUAGUCGGUUAGUUGGUUAGUUAGUACAGUCAGUUAGUUGGUGCUGUUUGUACAGUUAGUAUAUAGUCACUCGUUUCGAAAGUUUCACUCAGUUUGCCCAAGCUUCAGAUUUUUCACGGUUUUUGGCUUCAAGUGGUCCGUCCAGAAACGCCAUCCGGUUAGAUAUAGCGGUGAGGAUGGGCCAAUCAUUUAACCUACAUAACCGGUGAAUUUACGACAAACGGUCGAUAUUGACGAUGGGCAGGUGGAAAUGCCAUUAUUAUAAGGCAAUCUGCUAUCGCAUUAUCACUUUGGUCGCAUUCCUCGGCUUCUCUAGCGUGGUAUACUUUGCCGUUUAUUUGUUUAAAAUGAUCAACGUUUUAUUUGUCCGUCUACAUUUUGGUUUUUUGGGUUGCGCGCUCUAUUAGAUUUCAUCCGCAAGUGCGUUAGUUAAUGAAUCCCGUUUUGCCAACUACCAGCACGAAUAUGGCUUAAGUAGCUGGAUCUGUCCACUUUUGUACCCCAGAAGUUUCGCCGAUGUUACAUUCGACCUGGAAUCUACGCAACCUCCUGUUUCCGGGCAAGUUCUAGAGUGAGGUCGUGUUCUUGUUUUUAAAGGAACAACGAACGAUAAAGAGGAAUGGGUGACAACUAGCCGGUGACCAUACCCGCCUCUCCUGUCUUUGCGUAAUGUUGUCAGUUGAUCUAAAUAAGCAGAAUGUUAUUACCGGCAAACACAAGGGAGACUGAAAUGGCCAUUUCUGGCUUAUUAGCCGUCGCAGUCUCACCCAACCCCGGGGUGUAGAACACCUGGGGCUCGAACCCGCGACCUGCUAGUUAGAAAUCCAACACCCCUAACCACUGAGCCACGGGCUCGUUGUCCUCUAGCUUUCGAUCAGGAAUAUACACUGGUAGAGGGACGCUCACCGAUCGUUCCUACGGAACUCACCCGUUCUGUCGUGCCUUAUUGGCUCUCGCUCGAGCCCAACCAGAAGCUGCACAGCGGCGCAUGACAUAAGCAGAAUGUUAUUACCGACAAAGACAAGGGAAACUAGAAUGGCCGUUUCUGGCUUAUUAGCCGUCAUCAGCCAGUCCUACCUGAAUAAGUGCUGUCAACCCCUCGAAGGUCUCUCAAUAUAAGCCUAUUCAUGCAAUUUCCCUGGGUAGUGGUGAUCCUCGCUGAUAACUGGUUCGAUUGUGACGAAUUCGCCGACCUCGACGGGAUUCGCAACCGGCCAGAUUACUACCCACCUUAAACUACUGUGGCGCUGGUUGCACAAAAGCCAUAUCCUUACUGUCGCGGGCCCGGGUCUCGCCGAGGUCACUGAGUUUUUCAUAUUUGAGUCUAAGUUUAUUCCAAGCUGUCCACAACACCUACUUACGACCUGCGGGGUCGCGCACACUGACAGCACGCCGUAACUGUUCAGUGAGGUUUCCUAAGACAACAAAUACCCUAUUAGUUUCGCUUUCGAAAAAAUCAAUAUAGCUCAUGCGCUUGGCCGUGAGCGCACCUCUUCAGAAGGGUCCAAUCAGAGAUUCAACACGGAGAAGAGAGGGGGGAGGGAACAAAGUCGCUGGGGGUGAGUACUGUGGGCAGGCCUACAUUAGAAGGAGGAGGAGGAUGCUAAGAAUGGCUGUUUAGCUAACUGACGGUGUGUAAGAUUUUUCUGUGGAAAAUGUAUCGUAGUCAUCCUUGUCUGCAGACCCUGCCACGCGAGUUCAGAUGCCCACCCAGCAGUCUCGAACACUAACUCUUUCUCUUUUGCUGUCUCACAGACUCCAGACUCGACUGCGUUUUGUUCCAUGGAAUCGCGAGGGCUGGAAAGUUGGACACUGCCAAGUGCCAGCCGUGGGUCAAAAGGUCAGUCUUUUGGCGCUUUCAAACAGCACUGCGAUUCGGGAGUCCUUGGCUGAAGUGUUGGUUCGUUUCAAGAAAUUAAUGAGCAAAAAGGUAAGUGUUGGGAAGAUGAAUAAACAUUUUUUUGCUAAUUACCCUGUCGGACGAAUCGGCAUUCUGACUGAGCACUCGUCAGGGUGGACAUUUCUAUUCUGUUUGCCCUUAUCGGCUUUUGAUACUCCUGUCUCCGUAGUCUCUGUCGCUAACACUUCCCUAUGCCGACAACGAUUGGGUUAAGGACCCCAAUUAGCUAUUGGUAAACUGGCUCGUGUGCUGAUGUAUGUACUUGCGAAAUCUACUUAAGUACUGACGACUGGUAGUUGUACCCAAUAGCGAGGAAACAAAAAAGGCGAUCUGCUGAGUGUGAAUUGAGGGAUAGCACACAUGUCUGCCAGGGGAUAGGCUCAGCUAUUUGAUGGUUAUGCACUCUCUCAAGACGGAACGCCACGGAAUAUCCAGCUGGAUACCCUAUCUGCAUAAAUUCAUUAUUUUACUCGGAAUUAUCGUUUUUCGCCACCGACCGCCUUCUGCGUAUUCAGUCAGCUUAUUAUCCAGCGUACUGCCCCACACGUAACCCCCCCCCCCAUUACAACCAUUGCCAUAUGACACGACCUACAACCCACCGACGGUUAAUUGGGGUUCCUAACCCUACCGUUGCCCCUAUGCCAUAUCUUAUAGUGGCUCUUUCGAUUCCUACAGUCUUCUCUUUGCUGGCGGAAGGAAGAGCUGAUAUUUAAGGCGAGAGAGAGGAAUACCCUAAAUUCGCGUUCAAUUUCCAUGUUCUACCGAACGAUCGCUUUCGGUCUGUCAAUUUUUAAGACUUAUCCACCAGUCUUCACGACUCACUGCUUUUACUGAACUCUGACAUAUUCACGGUUGAUUUUUUUCGUUAUCUGUUUGGCGAACUGUUUAUACCUUUAAUGCUCACUUACAGGCCCACCUUCAUCAUUAUCUGCGUGUCGAGGGCUUUGAGGAGGCUCAGUUUGAGAGGAGCGCGUGCAACCUUUCUGAUCUCAUUGAUGAGUAUGCCUUCUUCGAGAACCGUAAUUCCGAAAUGCCCCUUCCUGAACUGCCGCGACUUCGAAUUGUUGACUGA